AUGAGUCAACGAGAAUAUCAUAUAGUAGUUUUGGGGUCUGGUGGUGUAGGCAAAAGUUGCCUUACUGCACAAUUCGUACAGAACGUGUGGAUCGAAAGCUAUGAUCCUACAAUUGAGGACUCGUAUCGAAAAGCGAUCGAAGUUGAUGGUCGACAUGUUAUUCUGGAAAUCCUCGACACUGCCGGAACAGAACAAUUUACGGCGAUGAGAGAGUUAUACAUGAAAACGGGACAAGGAUUCCUCCUGGUGUUUUCUAUAACUAGCAUGUCGUCGCUAUACGAACUUCAAGAGCUACGUGAACAAAUUCGGCGCAUCAAAGAGGACGACAAUGUUCCCAUGGUCUUGGUAGGCAACAAAUCCGAUCUUGAAGACGACCGAGCGGUUCCAAGAGCGCGAGCGUUCAAAUUAUCACAAGAAUGGGGUGGUGUACCUUAUUACGAAGCCAGCGCUCGCCGCCGAGCGAAUGUUGACGAAGUCUUUGUGGAUUUGUGCCGCCAAAUCAUACACAAGGAUCGCGAUCAGAGGGAAGCACUCGAACGCCGGGGAACGCGUCGACCACAAGGACGAGGCGACCGGCGAACCAGACGAAAUCACAGGCCAAGGUGCACCAUACUCUGA